GCUCGGCUCGGGGGGGGGUGUGUGUGUGUGUGUCGUGUGUGUCCCGUCCUCCCGUCCGUGUCCCCCCCCCCCCCCCAAAGGAUGGCCGCCCCCGAGGCCGGCAGCACAGGCGGUGUGAUCAGCUACGUGGGCUCCAGCGGCGCCUCGCCCAACCGCACCAGCCCCGUCUCGCUCUGCAGCGACAGCUCCAACGGCAGCUCCCAGUCGGGCUCCCAGCCCUUCCCCACCUAUUUUCCCCCCUCGCCCACCGGCUCCCUCCAGGAUUCCCGCGCCUACGGCGGGGGCUCGCUGGCCCCCCGUGAGGAUGGCUCCCCUUCCUCCUCCUCCUCCUCCUCCUCCUCCUCGUACGGCUCUUCGGUGAACUUCCCCGCGGUGCAGCAGGUCCCCGCAGACGAGCGGCGCCGCAGCUCGCCCAGCAAAACCGGCAGCACCGUCACCAAGCUGAACGGGAUGGUGCUGCUCUGCAAGGUCUGCGGGGACGUCGCCUCCGGCUUCCACUACGGCGUCCACGCCUGCGAGGGCUGCAAGGGGUUCUUCCGCCGCAGCAUCCAGCAGAACAUCCAGUACAAGAAGUGCCUCAAGAACGAGAACUGCUCCAUCGUCCGCAUCAACCGCAACCGCUGCCAGCAGUGCCGCUUCAAGAAGUGCCUGCUGGUCGGCAUGUCCCGUGACGCGGUGCGCUUUGGGCGCAUCCCCAAGCGGGAGAAGCAGCGGAUGCUGGCGGAGAUGCAGAGCGCCAUGAGCGGCAUGGGCAGUGCCCCCCCGGGGAUGCCCGGCGAGGGUCCAGCGUCGAGCGGGGGCCGCGCUCCUCCCCCCGGCCCCCUGCCGCUCGCCCCCCCCGCCUGCUUCUCCCAGUUCCCCCAGCAGCUGACUCCCCCCCGCUCGCCCAGCCCCGGGGGGGCCACCGAGGACGUCAUCGCGCAGGUGGCCAAGGCCCACAAGGAGAUCUUCGUCUACGCUCACGACAAGCUGGGACCCCCCCCCGCCUGCGAGAGCAGCCUCCUGCGCUGGGACACAGCCCCUGCCUGGGCCCCCGGCCCCCCUGAGCCCCGGCUCUGCCCCCCCGCCUACCCCGACCCCCCCGUGCGGGGUUGCCCCUGGCCCCGCGGCACCAAGGACGUCCUGCCGGCCUGCCCCAUGAACAGCCACCUGCCCGGCCGCAGCGGGCGCUCGGUGCAGGAGAUCUGGGAGGAUUUCUCCCUCAGCUUCACCCCCGCCGUCCGUGAGGUGGUCGAAUUCGCCAAGCACAUUCCCGGCUUCCAGGCCCUCUCCCAGCACGACCAGGUCACCCUGCUCAAGGCCGGCACCUUCGAGGUGCUGAUGGUUCGCUUCGCCUCGCUCUUCGACGUCAAGGAGCAGACGGUGACGUUCAUGAGCCGGACGAAGUACAGCCUGGAGGAGCUGUGGGGCAUGGGCAUGGGCGACCUGCUCAGCUCCAUGUUCGAGUUCAGCGAGAAGCUCAGCGCCCUUGACCUCACCGACGAGGAGCUGGGGCUCUUCACCGCCGUCGUGCUGGUCUCGGCAGACCGCUCGGGCAUGGAGGACACGGCGUCGGUGGAGCAGCUGCAGGAGACGCUGAUCCGCGCCCUGCGCGCCCUCGUCCUGAAGACGCACCCGGCCGAAACGUCGCGGUUCACCAAACUGCUGCUGAAGCUGCCGGACCUGCGCACCCUCAACAACCUCCACUCCGAGAAGCUGCUCUCCUUCCGCAUCGAUGCCCAGUAGGGCCCCCCACGGACCCCGGGGACCACCCCCCCCCCCCGUGUCCCAUCCCCCCCCACCCCGCCGUGCACCCCCCCCCCCCCCCGCCCUCUGUACAUAACCUCACGGGCAGGACACACACAGAUGAACCCCCACCGGACUCCCGGGGGGCUGCACCCCAACUCCCAAGUGGGCACCAGGAUGCCAGGACCCCCCCCCCCCGCUCCCCGAGAUGGGUGCCAGCCCCACAACUCCACUGGCAGUGCCAGGGGGGCUCCCCCACCCUGGCCCCCCCACUCCAGCAGCCAGCGGUGGAAAGCAGAGGCCGGAUCCAGCCGAGCUGUGUGGGUGGGUUUGGG